AUGCUCUCAGUUUUGCCCUCGUCCCACUCACACCCAAAGCGGCUCUUCAGACGCAAGUCUACCAAGACGUCGCAAAAGACGCCAAAGGCUACACUAAAGGCGGAUUUCUCAUCAUUCGUUGAGAGGUAUCCCGAUUAUGCUCAGACGACCGCCCUCGACCGACUUCGAGACGUCGAAUUUGCCCGACUCGAUGGAUCUAAAGAGGUCUAUGUCGAUUAUAUGGGUGGCUGUCUUUGGCCGAAGAGCCUUGUCACCAACCACGCCGACCUGCUCAAAACUGGUCUUUUCGGGAACACCCACUCUGAUAGCCCUUGCGCAACUCGAUCGGAUCAUCACAUUGCCGCAGCUCGUGCUGCCGUCCUCGACUUCUUCGACGCCCCCUCAUCUGACUAUGCCUGCAUCUUCACUGCGAAUGCCACUGGAGCUCUCAAGCUUGUUGGAGAGAGCUUCCCAUUCGGGCCAUCGAGUCAACUCGUCAUUCCCGCCGACUGUCACAAUAGCGUCAACGGCAUUCGUCGUUUCGCAGAAAAUGCUGGCUCAAAGGUACAUUACCUUGGGAGCACUCCUCAUGGCGGCUUUGACGAAGCCGAGGCUUUGACUAUCCUGCGAUCUCCCGGGAAUUCAUCCAGCACACCGUCUCUGUUCAUCGUCACUGGUCAAUCAAAUAUAACGGGCAUUCGCCCGUCACUCUCCGUAUUAGCAGAUGCCAAAGCAGCGGGCUUCUCCACGCUCAUCGACGCCGCGGCGCUUGCCUCCUCCGUGCGCAUCUCUCUUCAGCAAACGCCCAAUGCAGAUGCCAUGGUGGUCAGUUUCUACAAAAUGUUUGGUUAUCCGACAGGAGUUGGUGCGCUAGUAGCGAAAAAGUCGUUCCUUGCGACCCUGGAGAGACGCUGGUUCAGCGGGGGAAGCGUCGAUUUCGUUCAAGCUCCAGGGAAAUUGACGCUACACGCCAAAGACGUCACUGCACGGUUCGAGGAGGGUACAUUGAACUACAGCUCGCUCUCUGCCAUCGCCCCAGGUCUCCAGUUUCUCACGACAUAUAUGCCCUACAUGAUGCUCAGGCUUCCUUCGCUCCACCACUAUCUCCAUACCGCCCUCGAAACCCUUGUUUACCCUGGUACUCAAACGCCGCUCGUCCGUGUCCACACGCGGCUCAGAGACAUGCCUCUCAGUCGCUCGAUAACGACGGCAUCGAAAGAGUCCACCGAGUCCACAUCAAAGCGAUCCGGCUCUCCGCUCCAAUGGGCAAAGCUUGCUAGUUCAUCGCGCACCAGCUCAUUCCUAGGAGCUUUGAACCGUCGGUUCUCCUCACCGUUACCCAGCCCACCUCUUUCCCCAUCCUCGCCACGCUCAGAAUCAUCCCUUGAAGCCGUCACCCGUAGCAAGGGAACGCCUGGCCAAGGAUAUGUGGUGUCAUGCACAUUUUAUCGAAGCACCGGCGAAGUCAUUCCACUCUCGCAUGUUUCGAAACUCGCUUCGAUCGCCGGUAUCUCGCUGCGGACUGGAUGCGUUUGUAACCCUGGUGGAUCCGCGGCGCUCCGUGGGCAAGUCAUCCAAGAGAGAAUGGAGGAACUGUCCAAAUUCGAUGAGGAAACUGUCGAGCUCAAGCAGAUUUGCCAACUUGUCGGCGGACUCAGUAGCGCUGGUGUCGUGCGCUUGAGUCUCGGUAUGGCGAGCAACUUUGAAGACGUGUGGAGAGUCGUGCAGUGGGCACGCACGCUUCUGGACGAAGCAGAGCGAGAUAAGAGGAUUCAAGAUCUGCUCAACUGA